UGCAAUUUGCAUUGACAUGACAACAAGGAUAUGUUUGUAUAUAAAAUACCAUUCAUAAAGAAGUUCAAAUUCGGUUAUAUGUUACUAGUUCUAGUAGUAUUUAAUCUUUUCUUAAAAUUUGUUUUGAUUGCUGUUUAAAUUUUUCAGUGACUGUUUGAGUUGUCAGUGUAUUUUAUGAUGUCUGAAAAUGAAACUAUUUUCCAAUCUUCCAUAAAAGUCAAGGGAAUCAAUCUUUUACCGCCCAUGAUUACAGAUAAGCGCCGCCUUGAAUUGCAAAGUUUCAAAAAACAAGCCAUGAAAUUGGAAAAACGUUUACAAAAUUGCCGAGAAUUGCAGAGAAACUUGGACGAACUCUUAAAUAUUCAACCUCUCUCAGAAAGGCCUCAAUCUGCAAUUACGUUUGGAGAUAACAGUCAUAUUGAGGCUUUGGGGAUCACUACAUCAAGAAAUAUUUGUAGUGCAAGAAAGAAAAUGCACUUGAGUAAAGAUAUUAUUGAUGUAACUGAAUAUAGCAAUGAUGGCAUUAAAAUAAUUGGUGGAGAAAAUGAAACAAAUUGUACAGAAGUGAAUCAAGGCCAAAUUCCAAACACUAUUAACCAUAUGAUUAAGCUAAAUGACCAUAGUGAAUCAUCUGAAAUUAGACUGGCAUCCCAACCCACAAGCAAUAUAGAGAACAUAAGAGGACGAGAAGUUCAAGGCUGCCUAAACUUAGACUUGAGGGAUUUAUCUGCUGAAACUUCCAAUAACCCAUUGACAGAGGUCCAAGAAAACAUAUCCCCUACAAAAACUCCCAAGACAAGACUGAUUAGAAGUAAUUCUUAUACAUUAGAGGCUCCUAGCCCAAUACUUCUGGCACAUCUAGAGAAAUACAAUAAACAAGAAGAGAAUGAAAUCAAUCCAACUGAUGAAAUAUUUUCUAGACACUGGUCUUCCACAGAAAAUAAUUAUGUGCCCUUUGAAAAUAGUGAAUUUAGUAGUUUGAAUACAGUUUAUAAUAUGGAUCCAAACAAAAAUGAAAAUGAUAAAAGGGUUGAUGAAGCAUCGUCCCCUAGAAUUGAGGUUAUACAAACAGACAUAUCAGUACAACAAAUAACAGUUAAUGGAAAUAAUGGCGAGAAUGAACUACCUGAAAGUAGUUUUGAUCUGUCAAACCCUGAUAGCCAGUUAAUGCAGGUGCUCCAAAAAAUCCCCAAGAACUAUUCAAAACAAAUCAUUGAUCUUAUUGAAAAACAACGAGCAGACCCAUCAACUAAAACACUUGAAACAUUCAAAAAAGUUCAAAAUCAGUAUUUAGAUAAACUUCCAAGGAGAGAUACAAAUGUACAGGAUGACGUUAAUAAAUUUAGUAGAAAUGAAUCAAAUGAAAAUCAUCAAACAGAAAUUAUUUAUGAUUCGAAGGACAGGACUAAAAGUGGUGAAAGAUCAUAUAGUAGUGCAGUUUCAGUGUCGCCCAGCCAGUCACUCGAUUACAGUGUAUCUUCUUCUGGAACCUUAGUAGCAAAUUCACCCUCAUCUAUGAAAUUGACUGAUCUUGAAUUCAAAGGGGAUUCACCAAAUAACGAAAUGUUUGAUUCUGGAAAAAAUCUGAAAAACAUAAUCGAAAGGUGUUACUCUAUAUCACCAACCUGUAAAGUAAAUUUCAGUAGAGAACUUUGCCCCCGACUUGAUGAGGAUAAACUCUACAACAUUAAACAGUGCUGGGCUGCAAGUGUUAUAGGGGCUCAUGUCAAAGGUUAUCUAACAAGAAGACUAUUGAAAACCGAAAAAGUACAGUCUUUAAUAGAAACGAUCAAAGAUGCGCUUUUAUGUGCCUUACAGUUACACAGUUCUGAUAAUAUUGAUGAGUCAGAUGUAGAAUUGCACAGAAGGCUGAUAAAUCAGGUCUCUGCUGCCUGCUAUGCCUUUCACGACAUCUUUUUUUCUCUUUCUGUGCCAGAACAAAUGUCAGUGAUAGCUUUAGAUAGACAAAGAAGAAUAGAAAGAGCAAAGAGACCAUUGUCUACAACAUCUUCUCAAAGAUCACGAUCUAAUUCCAGACAUUCAUCAACAAAAAGUUCAACGCCACAAUCACGAAGUUCAACAAACGUGUAAAUAUGAUGGACAUAACUUGUGUUCCAUAAUAAAUUAUUUUUAUUUGCUGAAAUAUUCUGAGGUGCUUUAAAGUUUAAUGUUAAAAUAUUAUAUUUACACAAGACUAAGAGAUAAGAAACAAAUGAGUGAGACUAGUAUAUAGAAAAAAUUGCACAUAAUUUUUCGAACAAGUAAGUUAGAUUGACAUAUGACAGCUUUUGAUAAAACUUUAUUGUUUUAAAAUUGUUUGGUUAUUUGUUUAAAACUGAGGCCAUAUUUUGAAGUGACCAUUUUUAUUUAUUUUGUUAAAUUCACAAUACGACUGAUUUGUGCAGAAUCUGUCUCCAUGGUUUGAGAUACUUUCAAACUACAAUUCAGUGACAAUUUCAGAGUAUUUAUAUUUGUUAUAUAUUUUUGGGUCACAGACCUUAUGUCAACAGAAAUCAGGCGUAAUAAAAAUGUGUUACUGUGAUUUCUCAAAAUACACAAAAAAGGUAAAAUUUGAGAUGUUUUCCAGAUUUGACUUUACAGUAUAUAGAAUUUUUCAUAUUAUUUAUGGUCCCGUUUUUUGAUUGAUAUAUUCUAUAUUUUCUGAAAUACAAAAAGUUUUAUACCAAAAUAGUACAUAAAUAAAUGCUGCCUGUAUAAUAUAAA